AUGGAAAACGAACAUAUCCUUGUCCUCGGCGCGACCGGUGCGUCCGGCGUAGCUUUCAUCGAGGCCGUUGAAGAAUUGACACGUAAACCCAAGUUGACGCUGUACGUUCGGCCGGGCUCGAGAUCCAAACUACCUGCGUGCGCAUUCAACCCCCCAACCAGGAUCAUUGAAGGGCAACUCGACGACAAACAGGCAAUGCAAAAGGCAAUGUCAACGUCAGCAAGCGGCGAAUCGCCAUCCUUCCAAUUCCCACCCGUGUCCGUCGUCGUUUCGUUCCUGGGCAGCUACGUCUCGCUCAAAGCAGUCUUCACACGCGACAAGUCACACCCGAUCGCCGAUGCCUUUUCCACGACCAUCAUACCGGCGAUGAAGGCGUCGCGGGUCCCGCGCAUCCUGGCCCUCAGCACUCCGUCGGCCCUCUCUCACGACGUGGAGCGCAAGAGCAUCCCGUGGAAAUGGUGGCUGUAUACGUGCAUGCCGAUCCUGCUGGCGCCCCAGGGCAACGCGGAGAUGAAAGGCAUAGCACGGGCCGUCAUUGACGCUGGAUCUGCAGCUGCCUCUGGUGACAAUGCCAGCGACAGCAGUAAUCCUGCGACGCCGACGAGCGCCGCGAUCGAAGCAUGGACGGUGUUUCGUGUACCGCAUCUGACGCAGGGGGAUCUGCGUGCCAAGGUGGUUGCAGGGCUUCUUGAUCAUGACUAUGCCGGAAGCUUUGAUCUCAGCAGAGGCAGUCUGGCAAGAUGGGUGCUCGGCGAGAUUGAGGAGAAAAAGUUCCUGAAUCAACUGCCCAUGUUGGCGAAUCCAUAA